AUGAGCUCGCGACGGGCCUCGACGCGUUCAUCCCGUGGCAGCAACGGCACCUCUCGUCGCACCUCGUCCGGACCACCGACCGCGACGACCGCGACGACCGCGACGACACCGACGACACCGACGACACCGACGCUGCCUGCACACCACCCCACCUACGAGUCGUUCGCUGAUUUGGUCCACACUGGGAGUGCACCACCUCAACACGCUUCCCCCAAGUUUGGGCCUUCGUCACUCUCCAAUGCGACGUCGAGCUCGUUGAGUCGUUCGAGUGCUCGUCGACCAGGCGCAGCAGGCGGGAGCGCCCACAAGAACCAGCCCACGACGACCACGGUGACGCACACAACACCUCACGGGGAGACAUCGUCCUCUUCUUCUGCCUCGUCACCUUCGUCGAACCGGCACACCCGAGUAGCAUCCGCCAUCACUCUGCCUGGCAGUCGGAGACCCCUCACAGCCGGCCCCCCACUCACACUGGCCGCCCCGUUCGGCACGCCACCCCACCGUGGAGAAUACUACGCCUCCACGGGCGAACGUCUCGCAGCAGGAGACGACGACGACGAAGAGGAAGAGGACGACGACACCAGCUGUCGAAGGGUCGCACAGGGGAUCAUGGGCUACAAACCACAGUCCCACCAACCACAUCCCCCGCGCACCAACUCGGACAAGAAGCACCCCCUAGACCACACCGGCACCCCCUCCUCCUCCUCCUCCUCCUCCUCAACCACCCCCGACCUCACCACCUUUGACCUCGUCAAGUUGACCCUCGGUCUAGCCGGUGCUCAACUCGCGUGGACGGUCGAAAUGGCGUUCGGCACACCUUACCUCUUGUCCCUCGGUCUGACCAAACGCGCCACUUCCCUCGUGUGGCUCGCAGGACCGUUGGCAGGCUUGAUCAUGCAACCUAUCAUCGGAGCCUUGUCCGAUGCAUCGAGAACAAAGUACAGACGAAGAGCGUUCAUCGCCGCCUCGGCUACCUCCGUCAUCGUCUCGACUCUUUUCGUCGCUUAUGCCAACGAGAUUGGCUCCUUGUUGAGUGGGUGGUCGGGCCUGGGCGAUUGGGAUCCCAAGCAGGAGGACCACGUUCGAGCAAGUGCGAUCGCGAUUGGGGUCCUAGGCUUUUACGUUCUCGAUUUCAGUCUCAACGGACUACAGGCCUCGUUGCGCGUGAGUCGGUGAUCCGUUAUACCCAACGCUCACGACGCAGCACGGUCUGAUCCUGACGCCGCAUCCCCCCCCCCCCCCAGGCCCUGAUCCUCGACCAAUCCCCACGGCAUCAACAAAACGUCGCCAACGCGUGGCACGGUCGCAUGACCCAUUUCGCCAACAUCUUCGGCUACGGCGCGGGUUACAUCGAUCUAGGGCAUUGGGCCGCCCUUUCCUGGGUCGGUGGAGGUCAAUUCCGUAAAUUGGCCGUCAUGGCUUGCGUCGUCAUGACCCUCUGCGUCGCCAUCACCUGUUGGACCCAAGUCGAACGCAUUUCCUCCUCCGACCUCCAGACAGCAAACCGGGGGAUCCGCUGGUCCAGCAUCUGGAUCAACGUUCGCAAAGCGACUCGCGAACUCCCCCUCUCCGUUCGAAGGGUCUGUUACCUCCAAUUCUUCCAAUGGACCGCUUGGUUCCCCUUUUUGUUUUAUUCGACGUCGUACGUCGCCGAAGUACUUUAUGCGAGUCUGCCGCCUGAUCAAGAGGAACCUUCGACGGAUACGGCGACGAGGGCUGGUUCAUUGGCUCUGCUUCUUUAUGCGCUCGUCUCCCUCGGGUCGGGAUCGUUGCUACCCUGGUUAACGACUCUAGGCCGCAGAAAAUUCGUCGACAAGCGACUAUCAAGGACGUCGAAGAAGGGUAGACUGAUGAGGCAUUUAUUGGCGAACAUGACACCGAGGAAGAUGUGGACAUUAGGGACCGCGUUGUACGCUUUUGCCAUGGUCGCGACGUUUUGGGUCAAGACGGUAGAAGGGGCGAUGAGUAUUGUGGCGUUCUGUGGCGUUUCUUGGGCAGUGCAGUGUUGGGUGAGUGCCUGGACGGAACUCAUCCGGGAUGCCUUUGCUGAUUUGUAUCGCUCUCACUUUAGGUCCCUUUCGCCCUCGUCAUGGAAUCCAUCCGCGAAAUCGAGCCUGCAUCUGCUCCAGUCGCAUCCUCUCUUCCCUCCUCGGAAGACGCACGUACGAGUCCCUCUCAAGCACCCUCCCGAACAAACUACGGGAGUACGCAGAAACCCUUUUCGCCUCCCCCGCCACCUUUUGCGCAUUCCUCUUCGCAGCUAGAGAGGGUCAGACAGGGGUUGGCGGAAUGUUCACCGCUUUUGUCAUCGAGGCCUGAGGGGGUUUCGAGGAGUUCGCCACGUGGUUCUCAAGGACGAAUGGAGGAGCGCGGCGAUCGAGAAGCGCAUUCCGAUCCAGCCGCAUCGAAGUCGAGCUCUACAGCGGGAGGUACGAUUCUCGGCAUCCACAACCAAGCGUGUUGCGUGCCGCAGUUCUUCGUCGCUGUCGUGGCGGCUUGCAUCUUCUCUCUAUUGGAGAAGAAACGUUCCGUAAACGAAGGGAAUGGGAAACCGACCGAUCUCGUACUGCGACGCGGACUCGAACUCCUCGCCUCCACCUUCGCUUCCGAAGGUGGAGGAGGUAACGACUCCGAACCCACUGACGGUCUUCGAGGAGCCAACGACGUCGUAUGGGUACUCCGUUUUGGUGGCCUUGCGGCUCUGGUGGGUGUUUUCGUCAGUCGUUAUCUGUUGGAGACGAGGAGUGAGGCCGAGUAUAAGAAUGAGGUCCUGGCGUGGCCUUUUCAGUUGGUCGAGGAGGAGGAGCAGGGGGAAUGA